GAAAAUGAAAUAACCCAAACCCCCAAUCUGCGUGCAGCACUGCACAAGAUAAUAAAGCCAAAAACGAGAAUCCCUUUCCUCGAAUCCACUUCAAAAAUCAAAACAAGAAGCCCCACUUGUCCGAUACAGAGGAGGAAUGAGGUGUAGGCAGUAAUGGAGAAAGCAGAGGAAGAGUUAGAGCGGAGGAGCAAGUUCUUGAGCAGCUUGAUACAGAGGAAGAAGGCAGUGGAGGAGGAGAAGCAGCUGCAGCAGAAUGAGGUCCUUAAUCUCCGCGUCAGGGCCUCCGACAUGCCCUUAUCGCUUCAGAACAGGGCGUUUAGGUGCGCAAGGAAUUGCCUUCACUCCAUGCCUUCUGCCAAGCUUGACAGCAAACGCCUCGCUCUUGCUCUCAAGAAGGAAUUCGACUCGGAAUAUGGUCCAGCUUGGCAUUGCAUCGUGGGGACUAGCUUCGGCUCAUACGUCACACACUCCCUGGGCGGGUUCUUGUACUUUUCAAUCGAUAAGGUUUACAUUCUUCUAUUUAAGACUGCUGUGAAACCUUUGGAUCAAUGAGCGUCGAGUGCUGAUCAAUCUGAUGAUUCCCACACCCCCCUCUGUAAUUUCGAAAAAACAUUAGUCGGGGAACUUCUUGUUUGUGUGUUGAAUUUGACAUCUCCAGAAAGCUGAAAAAGCCAGACAUCUAGAAAAAAAAAUGAAAUUUGGAAGCUAAUGCAUACACUAAUGACUAACCUGUCUGAAUUGAAUUCUAAGAUUUUGUGUAUCUUGUUUGAAUUCUUAGAUUUUUGGAGUACCAUACUAUGUAUUAGAUUGUUAGAAUUCUUGUGAAUACAUAUUGAAGUUUUUAUGAUUAUUGC